AUGCCAGAAGCCAUGAGCGGCAUGGCAGAAGAGACCAUCGCCGAGUCCUCCAUGGACGCCGCCGGCAAACGCAAAAGGAUCUGGGCCGCUUGUGAACCAUGUCGCAAACGCAAGUCCAAAUGCGACGGUCAAAACCCUUGCGCAGGAUGCGUCACCACCAUCAAGACCGCCAUGCUGCCCAUCAACGCAACAGCCCUUCAGAAUGGCACCGUCGAUGAGACGCUCGUCCAAGCAAAAGCACAAGAGCUCUGCGUCUUUGACUGGAAUCGCAAGCCGCGUGGGCCCAAGGGCAAGAAGGCCGCCUUUGCCGCUGCGUUUGGUGUCGAGACAUCCGGCAGCCAAGGCGCGCCUCGAACCCACGUCAGCGCUGGCCCGGCCUACAUGGAAGCGCAGAAGCGCGUCCUGGACGAGUCGCAUCACGGCACCCGACCCAUGAUCAGUCCUGAUUCCGCCUUCACCUUUACCCCGCCGGAUGAAGUCGCCCAUGCCGCACCUUGGCCAGAUCUCGCAGCACCAGCACCAGCCCCUCCUGUCAACGGUGCCAAUGGCGCCCACGGAACACCUCACUAUGAGCAUUAUGCGUCUACCUCGGCCAUGCCCCCCGCGAGUUCCAGCUUCAGCACUGCAUCGUACGCUCCCCACCAUUCCAACGGUCGGCCCGCCUUGUACAAUCGCGACUCGAAUGGCAGUGGCAGCGUUAGUUCCUCCGACCACAGUACAUACACCCUCGGCGCUCGACAAUCCGAAUCCAACACAUCCAUAUCCCACUUCUCGCCACCCCUCUUUUCGGCACCACCUUCUAGACCCAUGGGAACCGAAGAGCGUCCCUUGAAACGCCCCGCCUACGAGUCUUCCGGUAUCGGCGAUCGCAUCAGCAAGGCAUCACUCAGCGCGUGGGAUGCACUCGCCGAAAGCGGAAGCCAUCCACGUUCCAACAGCGUCUCCAGCUUGCUCCGCUCACAAAACUCGGCCGGCACAUCGCCCACCGAGAUCCAUCGUCACGGAGCCUCGCCAUCCCAAUCACAAGGCUCUGGCGGCGGCGGUGGCUUCCCCGCCGCUUCGCCUCAGUCGGACGGAAGCGCCAACUACUUCAACGCGGCUACCAAGCUUUCGCCCAUGGGCGGCGACAAUGGCGACUCGCGCUACCACGACCAGUCGAUGCUCAUCAACCGCCUCAAGCCAUACUAUUCCGACAAGGAUCGGCCGUUUGUGGCGCUAGCCAUCUCCCAAUUCGAAGCGCUCGACUCGUUUGAGAAGAUGAUCCCAUCACGGUACAUCUUUGGUUCGGCGCCCGGCUCGGCUGGACGCGAGCCGCCGGCGCACGUGCUCCUCGCCCUGCUCGCACUCCUGGCGCAUCGUGCGCUGCUACUGCCAGACAGCAUGAACAUCGAAGAUCUGGAUCUGCAAGCCGGCGAUAUCGUCAUGCGCUGCGCCAACAACUACGGCCGACUCGAGGGCGAUGACCGUAAGCAGAUGCUCUCGUUUGCUCGUCGCAGCUGGUCGCUCGCCAACGAUCUCAUGCUCCAAAAGAUUCGAAGCGGUGAUGUCGACCCUCGAAUGGUCAUGACGGGCAUGCUCCUGCAGAUCGCCGCCGGCGAGGACGGUCUUGGCAGCAAAAGCCUCAUGCAGCGCAAAAUGUGGCUGUUCCGCAUGGCUUACUGCUGGCGACUGCACCACUUGGACGCCAAACCCGAUUCGGAAACUUGGUCGACGCCGUGGGACGGGCCCGAAGUGCUCCAAAAGGCGCUCGAGAUCUCUGGUGGAUCCUCUGCAGAUGACCCGCAAGCACCGCUACCCCGCGCCGCCGACACCCGCAACAUGAUCAAGGAUCCCAUCGAGCUCGAGGCCAUCCGCAGACACGUCAACACCAUCAUCACAGCAGCCUACUGGCUGCACACCGCUGAGAUGCAGGUACCCAAGUUCGACAUCUAUACCAUGGAGAUCGACGCUGCUGCCGCUGACGACUUUAUCCAUCACGGCUCGAAUUGGACGCCCAAACUUCACCCGGCCUCGAACGGGUUCCUGGCGCAGACGCGCGAUUUGGUUUUCCGCACCUACGGCCGUUUCACACGUCUCUUGCACACGCCUUUGGCCGACAUCUGUACCGGUCACUCGCCUGAGCCCGAUCUGCAGCGACUCAUCACCGAGACGGAGACCACCAUGGACUGGCUUGUGGAGCGCAUCGGUCCCGUGACCUACGAUGGUCCCGAGAUGCCGUUGCGUGUCGCCGCUUUCAUGCAUUCGCGCAUCAUCCUGCUGCUCAUGUAUCGACUCUUCACGUCGAUCCAGGCAUUUUUCUUCCUCUUUCCCGAGCGCACCACGGCCAGGACGGAUAAGUCGCUUCGGAUCGCAUCGACGCUCAUACCCAAGAACGAACAGCGAUCUAACUUUGAGAUGAUCGCCGGAGGCUGCACGGCCCCCGAGUCCGAAAGCGACGACGAUAAUGGCGCUGGCCGCGAUUUCCAGGGCCGCAAAUUGCUGCCUCGACCGCAGUUUUCGCGGAACCCGUUGAAGGCGUCGAUGGCCGUGCUGUGGGAGACAGGUGCGCUGGCCAAGCGUCUUCUUUCGUUGCACCGAGCGCGCGAUGCUGCGCUCGAACCCAUCGAGGGUGGCGCCAGCGAGGCGUGGAAGAACGGCGAAGGCGAAAGGACGGGCAAUGAGGUGGGCAAGACCAUGGACGCGUCUCUGCGUGCUGUGCGAUGGCCCCGUCACCUCCGACUGUUUGCACAGCACGCGUACGCCAUGGCCGCCGAAGCGCACGUCGCAGGCGCCUCGUGGCUGGACUCGCAUGUCGACGAGAACUCUGGAUGGAAGAACCCAGCCUCGUUCGACCUGCUGCCCGAGCUGUCAGACACCAAGAGCAUCGAAAGCGGACUGUGGGACACGGGCGAUGCCUUCCUAGAGCUGCUCGAGGCCAUGGCCAAGAUGGGCAGCACACAUGCGCGCGGUAAUGAGGAGUCGACGCUGCGAUACCGACAGGAACGAUGGAACUGGGCAAAGAGAUACCAGCAGCCGCCGAGCGGGCUCACCAGCAUGCCGAACCCAAACUAG